AUGGGAGACUCCUUUAGAAAAAAUCAAGAUAUAUUAACUCAGUUAGUUCAUGGAGUGCGAUUUAUUGACCUUAGCCCAGAUUAUUUUCCUGAAAACUCUAUUGAAUAUUGGUUAAAUGAAGCAUGUCCACAAAAGACGCCUCUACUGAGAAUACUUAUGGACGUAAAACUUUUUCUUCUUGCAACUAAAGAAAUAAUUGUAAUGAACUUCCGAAGUUUUUCUGAAGGUUUCAAGAAUGAAGAUCGUCGUCGUAAUUUCAAAAAAUUUCUCGAAAAAGAAUUCGAAAACCAUAUUUUAUAUGAAAGACCCGUUAAUCCAUGGAAUAUAACUUUGAAUGAAAUUUGGCAAUCGAAAAAACGGCUUAUUAUAACUUUCGACCGCGCUGUUCAAUCAGAAAAUAAUUCUGUAUGGUCUCUACAUAUAAAUAACGAAUUGGAACACACAAAGUCAAUAGAAGUUAUUCGAAAAGUUAUAGACGAGGAGUAUGAUGCCAAAUAUUAUCAAGUUUUAUGUAUCCACGAACCAUGUAUUCGAGAACCGAGAGUAAUAAUGGCUGCAUUUAAAUCGAAUUACAUUCCUGAUUGUUAUGGAAUUUCUAAUAAUAUUAACACUAGUCGUUAUCAAGAUCCUCGUAGUGCCGCAGAUAUUAUCUCACCGAUAGUGUUACAAAUCUACAACGAACAAUACUUUGGUAGUGCUAAUAUAAUUGCACUUAAUUUUGUCGAUGCUACAGGAAUUGUUGAAUUUGCUAUUGAAUGGAAUAAACGACGAGCAUCCCCGUGCUAUGAAUAUUAUAAAUCAUUAAUGGCUCCUAGUACCAUAUUUUAUCUAUAA